AUGGUCCCUGUCGCACUUCACUUCGUCCUUUUAGGUCUUAGUGCCUCUUUGGUAAACGCCAUCCCUCCCAACGCCAACAACUACCUCAUCCCGCACCCUCCGGCGACGGUCACUGUCACUGCUUGUGGCUCUCAGUGUGCCAGUACCGUGACUCUCACAGAGAUCUUGACUGUGACGUCUCCGUACAUUCACACUUGCGAGCCUUCUAGUACGGGCAUUCCAGGAAGCUUGAGCUCUAAGACCUUGUCGUCCAGCAUUCUAACUCUUGCGUCUACGUCCCUCCGUCACACCAACUCGUCCACCUCCGUUAGCUCUAGCAGUUCUUCUGAAGUCACCGGAGCAGUGUCAUCAUGGACUCCAACUACGGGAGUCACUUUCUCCUCCCAGCUGCCUAGUGCUGGCACCCCGAGCUCCUCUCCAACCUGGGCCACCAAUACUACGUCAACCCUCAGCCUUCCCAGCUCUUCCAGUCAUGGCGGCACUGCCGGAACGAGUGUUACCACUGGCUCCCCCUCGAGCCUCUGGACGAACUCUACCCGCACUCAUAUUACUCGCACCGUUACCAAGACCAUCCGCACUACUGACACAGACUCGUCCACUUCUUCAAAAGUUACGACUCAAAGCAUCCCAAGCAUCCCCACGAUCAGCAUUCCUCCUCUUCCGUCUCUUUCCACACGAUCCAAGUCGAGUAUCGCCCCCCCUGUAUCCUAUUCAUUGACCACCCUCACCACCACAUCAGUCUUCAACACCACUGUCUCGUCUCAGCAUCCCGGAGCAUCCACACCCCCUCUCUCCACUUCUCAUACCACGAAGAGGACUACAGUUGUCGUCACCCUCACGAAGACCGUACCUCUCAGCACCGGGACUGCCUCCUCGUCGACUAGUCGCGGUACAGGAGUCUCCAGUGGCUUUCCAUCUGUUUCAUCGCCAACCUCCAUUCAGCUUUCCACCACGCUCGGCUUCCCUACCACCACCGCCCCCAGCUUGUCCAACACUACUCCUACCUCUCUCGGGAGCAGCACUGUCUCUACUACAUCCAAGGAACCUUGCACAACUCACGAGGAAUCCACAUCCACGUCUGUGUCGUCGUAUCUUUCCCUUCCCUCCACUUCUGCACCGGGAUUCACAAUCUCCAGCGCUCUGUCAACUCUCGUCACACCCACAGGUACAGCAACUCUGAGCAGCGUUUCUGGCGGAUACGACUACCCUCCCUCCACUCAGGAGUCCACCGCAUCGCCGGGAACUACUGUAGGCAGCGCCAAGCCUACACUCGUCUCUAGCAGCACUUCGGAUAUCCCUGGAGGCUACGACACCUAUUACCCAGCUUCAAGCUCAACCUUGGGUACCACCAUCUCCAGUGCUCUUCCAACUUUGAUUAGCUCAACUGCCAGCAGCAUCCCUGGUGGUUACGACUAUCCCCCCUCUUCAUCUUCCCAGUCGUCCCAGGAGUCGAGGUCGACCAAGUAUCUCGGCACCACCGUGGCCAGUGCUCGACCGUCCCUGGUGAGCCCCUCCAUUUCAGGGGUAUCGCCCACCCCGACGACCUUUGAGACUCGCAAGUCUGAUGAAUACACUUCGGCGUCGACCAUCUACGGUGGAUAUGAAUUCGGCCGUCGUCGGGCUCCGAGAAUGUAG